AUGGAAGACUCAAGACUCAUCGAACUAGUGCGUGAACACCCUUGUCUUUUUAACGCAAAACACCACCUGUACAAGGAUGCAAACGUCAGAGAUAACGUGUGGAGUGAAAUUGGCAUGAAAAUGAAAUUACCAGCUGAAGAGUGUAAAAACCGAUGGAAAAAUAUCCGGGAUACAUAUAUGAGGCGCAAAAGAGCCAAAAAACUUCCCACAGGAUCUGCGAGUUCAAAGAAAGUGCGCAAAUGGCAUCUUGAAGACUACCUUGAAUUCAUGAACGUGGUCAAAUGUGAGAGAGAGACAGUCACAAAUACUAUCACUCAAGAUGAUGAAACAAAAGUUGAUGGACAAGAAACUGAAAAUGUUGAAAUGGCCGAAGAAUCUGUUUAUUCUGAAAUUCGUGAUCCAGAGGAUCUUAACAAAUAUCUAUCCGAAGAACCCGAGCAGCUCGAUGGUGAUGGUGUGCCGAAGCAAUCAAAAAAACGAAAGCUGAAAACUAAAUUAUCAGGAGAAAGUAUUCUCAAAGUUUUAAAGAGGAAUUCUGAAGAAAGAUCUAAACUAAUGUCAGCUAUUUUGGAUAAGCCAAAAGAGCAACAUCCCAUUGAUGUAUUUUUCCAAAGUAUGGCUAUGACAGUUAAAAAAUUUUCCCUGAAAAUCAAAUCCGUGCGAGGAUGGAAAUUUGUCAAAUUGUUAGCCAAUUGGAAUUGGAAGAAGUAA